GUAUUUUUGCUGUCUUUAGGAAACAUGAGUUCUGAUGCAUUGUCUGAAGAAGAGCGUUUACUUAUUGAAGCUAAACGAAGGAAAGCUCUUGAGUCCCGUAACCGAAAUACUGUGGGUGGACUUGUUAGUUCAAUGCCUAUAGUUCAUAAACAGAAUAUGGUCGCUAAACAGCCCUUAUCAUGUCAAGGUGGUUAUGGUAGUACACAAGCUGCAAAAGUAGGCGAAAAUUUUGUACGUAUGGCUAAGACUUGGGUGAAUACUAGUAAUCCAACAACUGUAAAUACAACUAAAAAUCUAGUCAGUCAACAAACUUCACAAGUCAAACAGAAAUUCAAUGCGAAUUCUUUUUCUUCGAAAACUACUCAGUCUACUCAUAAUGAUGCUUCCAAGUCAAAGGUCAGCUUAGUUAAUGUACUAUGCACAUUGUGUUCGCCCAAUAGAUUUGAAGUACAUGCUAGAUAUCACGCUGGGCUGACACAGCUAUUCAAAUCUAUGAAUUCUAAACAGUAUGAUUCGCAGACAAGAAGAUGGUCAUUUGACUUAUCAGAAUAUAAUGAAUUCGUGAAAAAGGUCCAUGAAAAUAAUGAAUUACACUUGGAAGAGCUUCCUUAUGCUGUUCUUAAAAUUUUUCGAAGUCGAAUUUCAAUGAAACUUGGAACGAAUGAUGUGAAAGACAAUGAAAACAAUGAAGAAAUUGAUCAUUCCAUAUUGAAAGAUAGAAUACCGGAUGAUUUGUUGACAACAUUAUUUCCAUUUCAAAAAGAUGGUGUCUGUUUAGCUUUGAAACGAUCCGGUCGUAUUCUCUUAGCAGAUGAUAUGGGUCUAGGCAAAACAAUUCAAUCAUUAGCUAUUGCCUCAGCUUAUUAUUCUGAAUGGCCAUUAUUAAUUAUUGCACCAUCAUCUGUAAGAUUUUCAUGGAGAGAUCAAAUUAUUCGUUGGCUUGGCAAACCAUUGAAUAUAAAUGUAUCUCAUAUCACAGUUGUGAACAGUGGUAAAGAUAUUACUGAUGAUUGGCAAUUUUUUAAUUCAUCACCAAUUACUAUCAUUAGUUAUGAUUUAAUGAGUCGUUAUGGUAAAGAAUUAUUGAAACGACAAUAUGGUGUUGUGAUUGCGGAUGAAUCACAUUUCAUAAAAAAUACUAAAGCUGCUAGAACAAAAGCUGCAACCCCAAUUCUUAAGUCGGCUAAAAGAGUUUUACUCUUGUCUGGAACACCUGCAAUGUCAAGACCGGCUGAAUUAUUCCCGCAAAUAUCUGCAAUUUCUCCAAAUCUUUUUCAAGGUGGCUUUCAUGAAUUUGGACUACGUUAUUGUUCCGCCAAAGAAUGUCCUUGGGGAUGGGAUUAUUCUGGUUGUUCCAAUAUGACUGAACUACAAUUAGUUUUGGAGAGAUCAAUUAUGAUAAGUCUACUUAUAAGUAGUCAGUUACGUGAAGAUAGAAUAUGGCAUAUAUUUGUCUACCUGUUCAAGUUACUACACCAUAACAAAAACACUAUAGUAGUGAAAGUAGCGACAGCAUUAUUGGUGGCGAAAAUGAUUGGACAUAAACGCUACCAUUCGUGA